AUGCCUUUCAAUUACGCGGACUAUGUAAAACAGCCUGCACUGAUAGGAGACGAAUGGCCUCCUAACGGAAACUGCGGAAAUUGGAGUGCAAACAAUAACAGCUUAACAGAUUGGGACAAGUGUUGUGAAACAGCAUCUAAAGUGCCAACGCAUUUAACUGGAAAUUUCGAUACGUCAUCUUUGAAAAUGUUAACAGCAAAACAGCCGAGCGAGAAAAUCAGUCCGGAUGCAGGAUAUGUUAGCCCAAAUGAGGUAUGUUUUUUUACUUACCUCAGCCGACAUAAUUAUAUGUUUUUGCAGGAGGACAGAAAAUCUAGUGAGCACACAAAUUCCUACGAUGUAUCAGCAUCACAGUCACCGAGCAAUGAUGGAGCUAGCUCCGUGAACACUGAUGAGCAUAUUGAUGUGGAGUGCAUGACAACGAUAGAAGAGAUGGACACAGAUGAAAAGGAUGAGGAUACGAUAGUACCAGAGGAAGGAUCAGUGGAAGUGAAAAAAGAGGAAGCGGAAUCAGAACAACCAAAAGAUCAGCCAGAGCCAGAAGCUAAUAUACCCCAGACCAGUGGAACUAUUCUUACCCCAAUUAUGCAGACGUUUUUACAAACACCAUUGGCUGCCCCGAUUCCAAUGACACCAGAGACACAAAUUUUACUGGGACUUGGUGCCAAGGAAUUCCAAGAUGUGAUGUCAGCGGCUGAAAGAAUACGAAAGCCUGUAUCAGAUUCAUUUGGAUUUAUGCGAAGCGGAAGUUCCGCAUUUUCAAACAUUGAGCCAAAGGAACUUUUAUUGAGAUCACCAUCUUCUACCAACAUCAACAACAACUGCAGCAGCACCAACAACAACAAUGAGGAUGCAGCUGCACCGGCUGUCAGUAGUCCCAGCACCCCUACCACCACAUCUGCCUCAUUUUGUAGGCCGCCUGGUCUUGGACCGGUGGCUUUACCGCCAACACCAAAUGGCCAGGUGCCGAUGCUCGUUUGUCCUAUAUGUGGAUUUAUGUGCCCGUCAAAAUUCCAUUUCAACAGUCACAUGAAUACACAUGGAGACCAUCAAUGCAGUAUGUGCGAUUACACCAGUAGGACAGAAGGAAGGCUGAAAAAGCAUAUGAGAGAAUCCCAUACUGUUGAGGAGCAACUGAAAGCUGGAUUGGAGUUAGAGCCAGCGAAGGAGACUAGCAGCAACACCUCGUCAUCACCAAAAGGAUCCAUAUCAUCCAAAGAUAGCAGCGCCGCCAGUCCAAUAAACGAAAGUUUCAACCUUUCCACUACCCUAGCCUCUAUUUUGGACUCAACAAGCAAUGCUAUAGCAGCCACUGCUUCCUCCACCACAGAGCCGCCAUCUGCUCUUUCGGCUCUCACGUUGGACAUGACAUCAACUCCAUCGCUUUUGUCGACACUUGGACAAUCGAACUUUGGAACUUCAGCUUUGGAUCAUAUCAAGGCCAUCUCUGAAAAUCCAAACUUCAUGCCAGAAGGAGGAAUGAAUCUCGCUUCAGCCUUGGGAGUUGUUUCUCAGGUAAUUAAAGGAGAGCCGGCGUCACCAGAGAAGCAAUCCAAUGGAGAGAGCAGAAGAAGCAGCAGUGGAAAGAUUAAGAUCUUCAAGUGCAAACAGUGUGGACACCAAAGUCUUUCCAAGGAUGAUCAAUGGGCUCAUGCCAGAAGUCACAUUCCAGCUGAGAAGCAACUGAACUGCCAACACUGCAAUUUCGUCACCGAGUACAAGCAUCAUUUGGAGUAUCACUACAGAAAUCACAUUGGAAGUAAGCCAUUCCAGUGCAAGAAGUGCUCCUACAACUGCGUCAACAAGUCAAUGCUCAACUCGCAUAUGAAGAGUCACACCAACCAUUAUCAAUUCAGAUGUAUGGAUUGCACAUAUGCUACCAAAUACUGCCACAGCUUGAAGCUUCACUUGAAAAAGUACAACCACAGAAGAGUGCCGGAAGGUAUCGAGAUGAAUGGAGGAGAUAGCUCACCAACCCUGAGCCAGUCAGACGCUACAAUAACAUUCAGUCCAAUUGUGAAACAGGAAAUCAAGUCAGAGCCAAUUGAGCAAACACCAUCAAUUGCUCAACCUUUCCAAUUCAACUCAUUGAUUGCUGGACCAAGCUUCACUUUUGGAAAUCAGAUGCUUCUCAACAAACAUCUCGACAAUGGAUUGAUCCGUGUUGCCGGUUUACCAAGUGUUCCAAUGCAAACUUUCAAAUGUCCAUUGUGCGAGUUUGUUGCUGGCACCCAAGAAGAGCAGAUCCGUCACAGCAUGUCUCACAUUCUCAGUUCCAAUCAAGUUCCAACCACCAUCGCAUCUCUGUACAACACUUUGAAUCUUCCAACUCUUGGAAAUGUGAGAGACGAAGAUGAAGAAAACAUGGAGUGCGAUGUUAAGAUUGAGGAUGACAAUACAACUGAGGAUAGUCACUGUGGAGAUGAAGAAAUGGAACAUAGCAGUGACUCAGCCGUCUCGCCAACAGGAAGCUCUCAAGUUUCUUCCGUAGAUGACGAUGUCAAGUGCAAGACAUCAGAACAGAAUAAUGCUCACUCCAGCCACAGCCCAAUCAGCAGCAAUGACAGCGCUCUUGAUCGGGAUGGAGAAAGCGCUGAUGAUGCUGCUCCCCACUCACCAUCAGACACCACAUCUGUCGCUUCUCCACCACAUGUUCCAGUUCCGAUUGCUGCUCCAAUUCCAAUUUCCUUGAGGCCGGACCAAGCAAUGUUCCAGAACUUCCUGACCCAGGCAGCUCUUGCUUUGAAUAUGGUGAACAGGAAUAUGCUCCAAUGCGAACACUGCAAUAUUCCAUUCAACAAUCAAGAAGCCUACAAUACUCACAUGAUGCAUCAUACUCCAGGAAAUCCAUUCAAAUGUGGAAAGUGUCAAUACCAAUGCCACGAUACAUUGAGCUUUGCUCUCCACAUGUACCAAGCGAAACAUCAGUGA